AUGAAACUUUCAAAAAGUCUCGUGUUUCUUUUUUCCGGCUCUUUCGGCGACCUUUACUACCAAAACCGACUUGGAAACUCGUUAACAUCCCAUAAUCGGGAACGCAGCGACAUUUCCAUCCGGGAUGAGCCAGAGCAGCUGACGCCCGAGGAAGAGCUUUUGGAAAAGAUCUUCAACUACAACAAUCAAUACCGAUCUCAGUUCGAAAACUUCGAAAGAACAAGGGCCUGGAAACCAACGAUGAAGAUGGGCAACCGCGAUUUGAGACGAACAAUGAAGACGAACUUCAGAAAAUACCUUAGAAACUAA